UCUCAUAUGGACUUUUAAAACAGUUCAUACGUUUUUAUGUCGUCUUUAUCUUAUAAAUCAUAUUUAUUAAAUAUUGUUUUACUGUAUUUACUUUAUUGUUAAUAUAGAGUUUGUGUAUGUUUAUUUUGCAUGACUUUCUUUUUUAUACAGACCUUUUAAAGUAUUCAGCAGCAUAACCUAUUCAAAUGAGCAUUUUUAAUAACUAAAAUGUUAAUCUUAAAAACAUACAAUCUAAUGUGGUCAUAAAUGUAUGCUCCUAUACAAAUGAUACAUAAUACAUUAUGUUCCUCCAUUUGUUUGGUUUCUUCAUAUUCUCUAGUUUAUUUUGCUGUGUUUAUACUUCACCUGCAUGUGGUUAGCAAACUGCUAUCAACUUGCUGUAACUUCAACUAAACAACUUGACAACAUUCUGUUCACUUUCAAAUAGUUGGUCUAAAUCACAAUAUAAAUCCAACAGAAUUGUGCUUUUCUGUAUAUGAAAAUCAAUGGUGUUAUGUUUAAAAUGUUAAAAAGAGCUCAGCUGGAGGGUACUGUAAAUCUAGUUGCUGAAACCUUCUAAGAAAAAACAUACCCACCAGGGAAUUUUUUUAUAGGUUACUUUUAUCAUUUUGUAUUAGCAGAAACACCCAUGUCAUACUGCUAAAGUAUAUAUCCAAUAUGUUAUCUUGUUUUGGAAGACACCCUUCCAAAACACAACUUAUACACACAUCUUAAAUGCGUGUUAAUACCAUUAAUACAUAGAGUUACUUAAUCACUAAAUCAUGAAAACAAUGGAAAUCACUGAUACAAAUGUUGAGCCAAAACCGAAAGUGGACUUAAAAUGGUAAUUGCAAUUGUUGCUAACUAUAAGUAAUAAUGAAUGGAACAGGUGUUGGCUAUGGUCCCAUGGUUCCUUAGGAUAUAUAAAGAACCUGCAUUACCCUGUGUAACACACAACAAAAUGGACAACGUAACCAUUAAUGUGUUAGACAGCAAAGGCAAUGUUGUCAUGCUAAUGGUUUCCAAGGACAUCGCUGAAAGGAUGCAAAAUGAUCAAAUGUUCCUUUCCUCUGUCAUGGAGAAAGUAUCAGCUGUUGAAACAAAAGCUCUCCUCAGUGGCCCAGCUUUUGCUGCAAAGCUUCUCCAACCUCCUAUUCCAUGUCCCACUACCUCCACUAGGUCGCCGGCACCCCUAAACCUCAGUUUUGUGAAACCACUAUCCACCAGCCAGUGCCCCAUUACUACCACUAGGCCCCCUGUACUACUUACCUCCACUGUCAAGGACCCACCACCUUCCACUCUGCAACCUGGUGCAGUGUGUGGAAACCCUUCAGCAUCCAUUCAACCUUCAUCCCCUUCCUUCCAGUCAGACAGGCAUGAAUCUCAAGAAAUAACACAUACAAUGACACUAUUUCUACUGGACCUUACAAAAACUCAUCAGCACCUUUAUUUUCGGAACAAAAUGGCAUUCUAUAAAAAAAUACAAAACUUAUUCUCACUAAAGGGCUACAACUUGUCAAGUGAGAAAAUUCGAAAAAAAACUAGCAACAUGUUAACUACUUAUAAGAGAGUGAAAGACAGGCGCCGUGCAACUGGGGAAGGGAAGAUCACCUGGGAGUACUAUACAGUAAGUUGAAGACUGCUUUACUUUGUUUCUGAAAUAACAUUGUCAUGUGUUACAAGACUGAAACAUUGGUCAUUUUCAUUUUACAUCCACCCCCACCAGCUA